AUGCACCAGGACCGCCCACGUUAUGUGAUUGACAGGCCGGCAUACAACCUCCCAGACUUCGACAGAGAGUUUGACAAGAAGAGUAGACAGUUCCCUGCUGGAGAGAAAGUAAAGAAAUUCUUCAGAUGCUCUGUGCUGAGACUGAAGGGCUUGUUAUUCAGACAUCUGCCUGUACUCAGCUGGCUUCCCAAGUACAAAGCCAAAGACAACCUGCUGUGUGAUGUCAUCAGCGGGGUCAGUGCCGGCACCAUUCAGGUUCCCCAAGGCAUGGCAUUUGCCCUCCUGGCAAAUCUCCCUCCUGUCAACGGCCUCUAUUCCUCUUUCUUCCCCCUCAUCCCAUAUUUCUUCAUGGGCACCGCUCACCAGAUGGUCCCAGGUACUUUUGCUGUCCUCAGCAUUAUGGUGGGAAUCGUGUGUCUUAGGCUUGCCCCGGAGUCAGACUUCAGUCAUUUCAAUGCCACUCUUAAUGCUACAAUAGUGGACACGGACAAGAUGAAUGAGGUUCGACUGGGAAUAUCUGGAACUCUGGCCUGCCUCACUGCAAUCAUACAGAUUGGCCUUGGCUUCAUGCAGUUUGGGUUUGUUGCCAUCUAUCUGUCAGAAUCCUUCGUCAGAGGCUUCAUGACCGCUGCAGGAUUGCAGAUCCUCAUCUCAGUGCUCAAGUACAUCUUUGGCAUCAGUGUGCCACCUUACAGCGGCCCGCUGGCUGUUGUAUACACUCUCGUAGACAUUAUCGUUGGCCUUCCUGAUACCAACAUAGCGUCGUUAGUAUUCGCUCUGGUCAGCAGCAUAGUUCUGAUUGUCGUGAAGGAGCUGAGCGCACGCUACCGCCACAAGCUGCCCUUCCCCAUUCCUAUGGAGAUCAUUAUUGUGGUGGUGGCAACAGCCAUCUCAGGCCCUCUGCAUCUUCCUGAGAUCUAUCACAUGGACAUCGUAGGAGAAAUCCCUUUGGGAUUCCCAGCACCAAUCCUGCCAACAGUGAGUCAGUGGGAAGACAUGUUGAGCACAGCUUUCUCCCUGGCAAUAGUUGGGUAUGUCAUCAACUUGGCGAUGGGCAGGACACUGGCAGCCAAACACGGCUAUGAUGUGGAUCCCAACCAGGAAAUGUUGGCUCUUGGCUGCAGCAAUUUCCUUGGAUCCUUCUUUAAGAUCCAUGUGAUCUGCUGUGCCCUGUCUGUAACCCUGGCUGUGGACAGUGCCGGGGGAACUUCACAGUUUGCCAGUCUGUGUGUGAUGCUGGUCGUAAUGGUUACCAUGCUCGCACUGGGAGCUUACCUGAAACCACUACCAAAGUCGGUGCUUGGAGCCUUGAUUGCAGUUAACCUGAAGAACACGCUCCUACAGCUCUCUGAUCCCUAUCACUUGUGGAAGAAAAGCAAAUUAGACUGUUGUGUGUGGGUGGUGUCAUUCUUGGCCACAUUCUUUCUUAGUUUGCCUUAUGGAGUCGCUAUCGGAGUGGGUUUUUCCAUCCUGGUUGUGAUAUUCAAGACACAGUUUCGAAAUGGUUCGGCAAUGGUCCAGAUUAUGGAUACAGAUAUUUACAAAAACCCUAAGGUGUACACUAAGGUCAUGUCAAUAACAGGUGUGAAAAUAGUGAACUAUUGUUCGCCACUCUAUUUUGCCAAUGCUGAAAUAUUUCGCCAGAGGGUUAUCAGAAAGACUGGAUUGGACCCUGGCAAACUUAUUCUGGCCAGGCGGAAGUUCUUAGAAAAAGAGCAGAGGGAAAAAGCAAAAAAGGAGAAGAAGGACAAGGAGACAAGAAGGAGAAAGCCCAGCUCUUUGGUGAACAUGAAGGUACAGACCAUAUCUCAGCUUGAACUGCAAAAUGACUUUGACAUGAACGAUGGCAGUGCCAACAAACCUGAACCUCCCACCAGCUAUGUCAACUUCCACUGUAGUGACAUUGAGCUGGGUGAGCAGGCGCCUGACCAAGAGCCACCCAGUCCCUCUGCGGUCACACUGGAGUCCCAGCCUAUGCCCUUCCACACCCUCAUCCUUGACUUGGCAGGGGUCUGCUUCAUUGAUCUAAUGGGCAUCAAAGUAUUGAUAAAGAUGAACUCAAGCUACGAGAUGCUGGGCAUUAAAUUAUACCUGGCUAACGUUCAAGCCCAGGUGUAUGAGGAACUGGAGGUUGGAGGAGCUUUUGAUGACGGCAACAUUUCCCGCAGUAAUCUCUUCCUUUCCGUCCACGAUGCCAUUCUGUUUGCUCAGCACACCUCUGGAGAGAGGCGAGUCUCCCCAAAGGCAGAGAGAGCAAAACAGGAACUUGCCUUUAGUAUAAAUGAGGAGAUGGAUUUGGAACAGGUAUGCGCUGGUUUGCUCAUUCAAGCUGAUGCAGUUCAAAAUGCUAAUUUUGCCUUCCUUCUUAUAUUUAUUAUGAAGCCAUUGUUCCAUAUCUAACAGUAGUUUUGCUUUCAUAGGAAAUGUUUUGAGCACUGAUUGCUGCAGGGGAGAUGAGCAGAAGAAACAUGACCAAAAUACUAACAAUAAUCUUCAGUGUCACUGUAAUUUAUGGAAAUUU